AACACUGACCAUUUCAAAGUGUGCUAAGUGCAGAUAACAUAAUCAUAAACAAUGUCUUCUGCAAUUGACGAUGCUACGGCUGCGCUUGCCAAGGAUCUGGACAUUUCCAAAGAUCAAAUGAGAAUGUUAAAAUCAACAUUUGAGGCUUUCGAUUUGGAUAAGAAAGGCGCGAUUGCUAUCGAUAUGAUUGGACAAAUUUUGGACAUGUUGGGUCAUCAAGUCGUAGCUGAGGAAUUGAACAAAAUCGUCAAAGAGAUCGAUUCAGAUGGAAACGGUGAGUUGAGUUUCGAGGAAUUUGCUCAUCUGGCUUCCAGAUUCUUAGGAGAAGAGGAGGAAGACACCGAGGCUAUCUUAAGGGAACUCAAAGACGCCUUCAGAUUGUACGACAAAGAAGGUUUGGGUUACAUUUCAACCGAUUUGCUAAGAGAAAUCCUUAAAGAAUUGGACGAUAAGAUCACCCCCUCUGAUUUAGAGCAAAUGAUCGAAGAAAUCGACGCCGAUGGUUCAGGAACCGUUGAUUGGGAAGAAUUCAAAGCCAUGAUGAUUGGAUAAACGACAAUUAUAUAAUUCACAUGCAUAAAA